AUGGCUUCACGACCGAAUUUCCUUGUGAUAGUUGCUGACGACCUUGGGUUCUCUGACGCUGGUUGUUUUGGUGGCGAGAUCAAGACGCCCCAUAUCGACAGUAUCGCGAGAGAUGGAGUGCGAUUCGCUGAUUUCCACGCUGCCGCUGCCUGCUCUCCCACGCGUUCGAUGCUACUCUCAGGCACCGAUAAUCACAUCGCGGGCCUGGGGACCAUGAACGAGAACCAGACAGAAUUCCAACGUGGAAAGCCUGGCUACGAAGGGUACCUGAACGACCGAGUGGCAGCCCUGUCAGAACUCCUGCAGGAUGCGGGAUAUCAAACCCUGAUGUCUGGUAAAUGGCAUCUGGGGCUUGAGCCGGAUCGCACGCCUCAUGCGCGCGGGUUCGAUCGAUCAUAUUCACUUCUCCCAGGAGCAGCAAACCACUAUGGCUGGGAGCCACAACUUCAGCGUCCGGGCGAGAAACCGCCAGGCUUGAUGUCGCAGAUACCGGCCGUCUAUGUAGAAGAUGAUAGAUCCAUCGACCCCAAGGAGCUGGGGGAGAACUUCUACUCUAGCGUCGCCUUCACCGACAAGAUGAUCGAGUAUCUCAGCGAGCGGGAAGAGGACAAGCCCUUCUUCGCCUAUCUGCCCUACUCAGCACCACAUUGGCCCUUGCAGGCUCCCCGGAGUGAUAUCGAGGACUACAAGGGCGUGUAUGAUGAAGGGCCCGAGGUUCUUCGCCAAAGCCGUCUGCGGAAGCUCGAGGAGCUGGGUUUGAUACCGGAGGGCGCCGUUCCUCACGACGUGGUCGUCAUGGGGAGCCGUACGAUGUCAAAGUACUGGAAGGAUCUGGCCCCUGACGAGCGCCGGUUUUCGUCUCGUUGCAUGGAAGUGUACGCCGGCAUGGUUCAGUGUAUGGAUACCCAGAUUGGCCGCGUCCUGGAGCAUCUUCGCCGGUCUGGAGACAUGGACAACACGUUCGUCAUGUUCAUGUCUGACAAUGGCGCAGAGGGGGCGCUGCUGGAGGCCCUGCCUGUGAUACAUAAUAACAUAUUCGAUCAUAUAGAGCGGUACUACGACAACUCCGUCGAGAACCUGGGGAGAUACAACUCCUUCAUCUGGUACGGCCCUCACUGGGCGUCUGCGGCCACCGCUCCGUCCCGGAUGUACAAGAUGUUCACCAGCGAGGGCGGCAUCCGGGUGCCUUUUAUUCUCCGCUACCCGCCUCUCACGUCGGGGAGAGCGAGCAUCGAUCGCACCUUUGGUACCGUCAUGGAUAUUGCCCCUACAAUACUCGACCUGGCUGGCGUCGGGCAUCCGGCCCCGACCUACAGAUCUAGACCUGUUUUCCCUAUGCGAGGCUCAUCCUGGCUGCCUUACCUGAGGGGAGAGCAGAAGCAGAUACAUGCCGAAGACCACGUUACCGGCUGGGAGCUGUUUGGCAGACAGGCGGUCCGCCAGGGAGACUGGAAGGCCCUGCAUAUCCCGAAGCCUUAUGGCCCUGGGAAAUGGCAGCUCUACAGGCUCAGCCAAGAUCCCGGCGAGACGAAGGACUUGGGAGAGCUCUACCCCGACAAGCUCGCUGCGCUGGUCGCGGAAUGGGGAAAAUACGAAAAGGAUGUAGGCGUGGUUGGCGAGAUGCAGUACGGAGUGCUGGGAGUUGAUGACAUCAACCCGACAAAGAUAUAG